UUUAAGGGAAGGAAUCCCUGCCAAAUUUCUCAUCCUGAUAUUCUGGUGGGGCUUGUUUGUUUCCUUUCGUCUUCUUCUCUUCCUCUGUUCUUUAAAAGGGAGAUGAAAUGCGCACGUUGUGCCUUCAUGACUUCAGUUUAGAGGAUCUGUGUGUCCUGGGAGCAGCCACUUCUGAGGAUGAAGAGGAGUCCCAAACGCUUUCUGAGCAUGUGCAAAGGGCAUUGCCUCUGCUGAAGGACUUUCUCUGUUACCAGCUCCUUGAAAAGAGCUUGGAAAUGUUCCUUGCUGCCUUGAUGCAACGGUUUGGAGAGAUCGGUGCAGCUUCUCUUUCUCGUGGGGAAGAAAAGUGUGAGCUACGAGGCAGAAGCGGUGGAAAAUUCAACUAAUCCCAAAGGUAUUUCCUUCUCCUGUUUUGCUUUCAUCUAGCAAACUCUGUGUUUAGAGUCAGCUAAAACUUGCAGAACUUGAGGGGCUGGUUCAAAAGAGAGCCCUCUGGAAGUGCUUAGUUGUUCUGUCAGUUUGGCAAGGCCAGUUUUGCUCAGAUGGAAAGAAAGAGAAUGGAUGUUUGAAACGAGGCCAUCUCAGUCUUGGGUUUGGAUUCUCCCCCUGUCAAAUAUAUAUAUUUGGGUUUCAGAAUUGAAUUCUGGUAUUUAAAAAGGCUUGUCUCCUGAUUGGUUGUGCAAAUGAAGUUAGCACAGAAUAGUUGACUCAAUGCCAUUUCAAAUAGUUAGCUGAUACCAUCAAAUGUGGUCUGCUGUUAAAAAUGCGCUGGAAGCCAGGUGUAGAUGUUGAGAAUAAAAUGCGGCCAGAAAAAUAUUUGCCACCCGGCUUUGCAGAGGAGAAUCUGGGGGAGUCCCCCCCCCCCCGGCAACGUAGAUGAUGCUUCAGCAUUCAGCUCUGACAUCUGUUCGCCUUGGAUUCUGUUCUCCUUUUCUGCCCCCGCUUUCUGCAGAGCUGAACUUCAAACGCCAAGCAAGCACAUUUUCUCCUGUUCUGAAGUUCUAUGUGGUUGUGAAAUAGUUUAAUCGGCAAUAAACCUCUGGAAGGGGUGUGCGCACCACAGAGACGCAGUGACUUCACUGCGCUGUGUAAUCCAAAAACCAUUUCCCUACUGAAAGCUGAGACAAGCAGGUGUUGCGAAGGCGUUUUCCACCAGGGUCCAGAGUGCCUGGCUUUGGAGCUGCUUUCGCAACAGAGAAUCACAGAACUGGGAGCACCAAUAGGUCAUUUAGUCCACCUUCUGCCAUUUAUUUUAAAAAAUAUAUAUUACUCAUUUACCUUCUUUAACUUGUUAGAUAUGAGCAAAGUGCUACGAGCUCCACCCCUGCCCCGAAAUCACUGGGAAUCUUAUGCAGUCACUCAUGGGCUUCUCCUGAGAUGUCCAAAGAAAUUGUUGACACACUUCUAAGUAAACUUUCCCCACCUUAAGGACUAGAAACUUAUCUUUAAAUAAAGAAGCCUCAAUGUCGGCUAACUUCAAGCCUUACUUUGGGGCUUCCAUUGGUCACUUGAACAGCCAUUUUGGGACUAGAUAUGGACUUGGGGUGCUCCAGAAGGGCUUUCCUGAUGUUUGAAUUUAUUAUUGAAUGAAUCCCGGCCCAGUAGACCUGAAGGAGCGUCUCCACUCCCAUCGUUCUGCCCAGACACUGAGGUCCAGCACUGAGGGCCUUCUGGCGGCUCCCUCCCUGCGAGAAACGAGGUUAUAGGGAACCAGGCACAGGGCCUUCUCAGUGGUGUGCCCACCCUGUGGAAUGCCCUCCCAUCAGAUGUCAAGGAAAUAAACAACUAUUUGACUUUUAGAAGGCAGCCCUGUUUAGGGAAGUUUUUAAUGACUGAUGUUUUAUUCCAGGCAUAGGCAAACUUGGCCCUCCAGAUAUUUUGGGACUACAACUCCCAUGAUCCUAGAUAACAGGACCAGUGGUCAGGGAUGAUGGGAAUUGUAGUCCCAAAACAUCAGGAGGGCCGAGUUUGCCUGUGCCUGUUUUAUUCUGUUUUUAAUAUUCUGUUGGGAGCCGCCCAGAGUGGCUGGGAAAACCCAGCCAGUUGGGCGGGGUAUGUAUGUAGGUAAAGGUAAAGGGACCCCUGACCAUUAGGUCCAGUCGUGGCCAACUCUGGGGUUGCGGCGCUCAUCUCGCUUUACUGGCCGAGGGAGCCGGCGUACAGCUUCUGGGUCAUGUGGCCAGCAUGACUAAGCCGCUUCUGGCGAACCAGAGCAGUGUACGGAAACGCCGUUUACCUUCCCGCUGGAGUGGUACCUAUUUAUCUACUUGCACUUUGAGGUGCUUUCGAACUGCUAGGUUGGCAGGAGCAGGGACCGAGCAAUGGGAGCUCACCCUGUCGUGGUGAUUCAAACCACCGACCUUUUGAUUGGCAAGUCCUAGGCUCUGUGAUUUAACCCACAGCGCCACCUGUGUCCCUAUGUAUGUAUGUAUGUAUAAAUAAAUAAAAUUUCCCAAGGCAGCUUUUAAAUUUAUUCCCCCCCUCCGCCCAACCACUAUUGUGUGAUGGGGUGGGGAAUUAGUGUGCAUACCCCUGUAUGUGAGCGUGUGUACCUGUGUUUCAUAGAACAAUAGAAUUGUAGAGUUAGAAGGGACCCCAGGGCUCAUCUAGUCCAACCCUCUGCAAUGCAGAAAUCACGAGGGUGGUUUUAUUUCUUUUUUCUUUUCUUUUUUUGGGCCUGGAAUUGCAUUUAUUUAUUUUUUUCAAAUAAAUUUUUAUUGUUUUCUUUCAAUAACCUUUUCCCAACAUCCAUACAUUUGUCAAAAUAUAUACCCUUUGACUCUGCCAAGUCCUGAUUUCCCUCCAUCCCUUCAAUUGGUAUCACCUGUUGCAUUUUUAUCGCGUAUUUUAUUCUUACAUCUCUACUAUUUUACAUUAUAGGUUACAUUAUACUCCAUUAUACUUCAGUCCUGCUAGUGUCUUUAAGCUUUUACAGUUCUCCUUUAAAUACAGUGGUACCUCGGGUUAAGUACUUAAUUCAUUCCGGAGGUCCGUUCAUAACCUGAAACUGUUCUUAAUCUGAGGUACCACUUUAGCUAAUGGGGCCUUCUGCCGCCGUGUUGCCAGAGCACAAUUUCUGUUCUCAUCCUGAAACAAAGUUCUUAACUCGAGGUGCUAUUUCUGGGUUAGCGGAGUCUGUAACCUGAAGUGUAUGUAACCCGAGGUACCACUGUACUCAAUAAAUUUACUCCAGUUAUUCAGGUAUCUCUGGUCAUCCUGGUCCCGGAUCCUUCCUGUCAAUUUGGCAAAUUCCACAAAGUCUGUCAUCUUCAUCUGUCAUAGUAUAUAGUAUGGUAUGUCUUGUGUUUUCCAUUUUUGGGCCAGUAGAAUCCUUGCGGCAGCUGUGGCAUACAUAAAUAGUCUUCGGUCUUUUAUUUUAAUUUUCCUUCCCAUUAGACCGAGCAGAAAAGCCUCCGGUCUUUUGGGAGAGGCAUACUUAAAUAUCUGUUUAAGCUCAGUAUAAAUUAACUCCCAGAAUUUUUUCACCUUGUCACAGGUCCACCACAUGUGAUAAUAUUCUCCGUCUACUUCUUUACAUUUCCAACAUCUUCUAUCCCUCUUCCUGUACAUUUUAGCCAAUUUUGUUGGCGUUAAAUGCCAUCUGUAAAUCAUUUUUAAUAAGUUCUCUUUCAAAGCCCUACAUCCAGUGUAUCUCGAACUCUCGUUCCAUAAUUUUAUCCAUGCUUCCAAUUCAAUAUUGUGCCCAAAAUCUAUGAGGGCGUUUUUAUUUCUUGCGUGUCCUGUGUGCGAUUUAUGGGUGUGGCCACGCCCAUCUUUGGUUUGGUCACGCCCUCUGCUGAAACAUGGCCCCCGGACACUUGGCAAAUGGGAAAAGUGGCCCUUGGGUCAGAAAAGUUCCCCCACCUCUCCAUGCAGAAAGAUUCCCAGCUCAGUUCCAGCAUCUAUGGCUAAAAGGAUGGGGCCGAGGGCAUAGCUGUCAAGUGUCCCUUAUUUGGAGGGACAGUCCCUUAUCCCAGCGCCAUGUCCCGCUGCUGUCCCUUAUUGAUGGAUGUCCCUUAAAUUUCCCGGGUUUCUAAGGAAGCAGCUCCUCUCCCUCCCUCCCUGCCGGCCAGGGAGGAGGGAGGCUCCAACUGUGUUGUUUGGCUGCCCAGCCCGCCCCCUUCCGGCCUCCUCUCACCAGCCUCAGCCCCUGGGAGCCCCUCCCCACCGGGACUGGCGGGAGCCUCGGGCCCUUCUGCCGCCAUCCUCCUCGCGGCCGCCGAACCGAGCGUCUCUGCCUGGGGCUUCCCCUCUGCCCGUCGCCGCUGCUCCCGCUUCCGCUAGGCCAUACUGCGGCUGUGGCGCCGAAGGACCCGGAUAAGAUGGGCAGCUGAGGAGCCUUGAGAGGAGAGCGAGGGCAACCAUAGAGAAAGCAGUUCAGAGAGAGGAGGAAGAGGAGGAGGCGGAGGCGCGGGCAGGUGUUCCAAGGGCUACAAGGGAAGGAUCGCAAGCGCUUCUCCCAUAGAUUUGUAGUGGUAGACUAGCAUAGAUGGUCUGAUCUGAGGGUUUGCUUCGGGCGCUAUUUCCCCCCUCCUCCCGCCCCGCCUGAUGGAAUUGAGAGCUGCAGAUGGAGCACGAGAGAAAAGAUACAGAACUGCAGCAGCAUCUUCGUAGCUUGGGCUUCAUUUUGCGCGAAAAGUGGUUGCUGCUUGUAGUUAUUUAAUUGCAGCGUUUCAUCGGCUGGUGUCUUGAGCAGCAACCUCUGGAAACGAAGGGCUAAAAACCGGCGCUGCUCUCCAAAAUUACCUGGUCCCUUUUAACUUCGUAUUUCAGCUGGUUGACUAAAAUCCCUUACUUGGGCUGCUGGUCCCUUAUUUUCAAGGCUGCUGGUCCCUUAUUUUCAAAUCUGUAAGUUGACAGCUAUGGCAGAGGGAGAUGUCAAGAUGCUGGAAAGCCGUUGCCAUAAGAACAGAGGGAGUGGUGUUAUAUCGAAAGAGGCUAUUGGUCCACCUUGCUCCGUAUUUUCUGCUGUCUUGCUGUGUCUGUCCAGGAUCUCAGACAUUAACUGCCCCAAAUCCAUCCUCGUGCAUGACUCACGACAUUCUUCAGCAAAAAAAGGAAAAGGAAAAGUUUCUAUUCCUGGAGGUUUCUAGCAUCCUGUAGUCGUCAUUGGUUGGACAAAGCGGAAAGCAUUGGUUGUGCAUCUGGUGGGUUUCUCAAAUGCUGGCACCAGAGUCAGCCUUGUCGCAGAGAGAACGCAGGAAGCCGGCCUUCUAUCAGGCCAGCCUGUUUCCUACGCAGCCCAGGAUUUACUCAGACUAGCAGCCACUCUCCAGAGCCUCUGGCUGCUGUGUAGGGAGGGGUGACUCUGCCAGAUGCAGUUUCUCAUUUCCCCAGCCUUAAGUUCAGCUCUCCACAUCAGGUUGUGAAUCGUUCCCCCUCCGCUUCUUCUCAAAGUCCUCAGGAAAUCUCACCAGCGUUUUAGUGUGAAUCUGAAAUAUACUCUUCAUGCAGCUCAUAGUGGUGAGGAGGAAUGGAAGUUCCCCCAGAAUGUCUGCUUUAUAUACAGUGGUACCUCGGGUUAAGUACUUGAUUCGUUCUGGAGGUCCGUUCUUAACCUGAAACUGUUCUUAACCUGAGGUACCACUUUAGCUAACGGGGCAUCCUGCUGCCGCUGUGGCGCCGGAGCACGAUUUCUGUUCUCAUCCUGAAGCAAAGUUCUUAACCCGAGGUACUAUUUCUGGGUUAGCGGAGUCUGUAACCUGAAGCGUCUGUAACCUGAAGCGUAUGUAACCCGAGGUACCACUGCACAUUAUUUACACAAUGCGCCCCACCUGAUUGGCUAAUUACGGGAUUCACCUGUAGGCCAAUCAGGUUGCGGAUUCACUUCCACCUGGAGCUGGAUUGGGUAGCUCCUGUGGACCAAUCAGACUGCUGCAUUCUGGACCCUAUUGUGCUAGGACCAAUCAGACUGUUGCAUUCUGGACCCUAUUGUUCUAGGACCAAUCAGACUGCUGCCUUUUGGAUCCUAUUCAACUCAGUACAUAACAGAUUCCCUCCUAAUAUACAUACUUUUGCAGACCUUUCAAGUGUUGCUAUUUUCCAGAGGCCGUUCCAGAUUUACAGAAGCCGUCCUGGUUUCUGAUUUGAUCCCAGAAUUUCCCACCUUUUCCAUAGGACAUCCCUAUUUUCAUUGGAUAAAUGUUGGAGGGUAUGGAGUUAUGAGACCCCCGAGCCAAGGAGAUAAGUAACUAUACAACCUUUAGAAGACAUCUGAACGCAGCCCUGUAGAGGGAAGUUUUUUUCCUUCGUGUUUAAUGUUUUAUUAUGUUUCUAUAUACAGUGGUACCUCAGGUUACAUAUGCUUCAGGUUACAGACUCCGCUAACCCAGAAAUAGUGCUUCAGGUUAAGAACUUUGCUUCAGGAUGAGAACAGAAAUCGUGCUCCGGCGGCAGCAUAUUUUCUUUACAUUUCCAGCAGGUAUUUGUACUUGUCUUAUACAUUUUAGCUAACUUAAAGUAAAGGUAAAGGGACCCCUGACCAUUAGGUCAACAUACAACAUGCCGAGAAUUUCAAAUCAAUUUCCCAUAACCUUUCCCAGUCUGAAAAUUGAAUAUUGUGCCCUAAAUCCCCCGCCCAGUGUAAACAUUGGCUGUGUCUUCUGGUGUGGACAACUGGUUGGUGACCCAAAGAACCCUGCUUGCUGCCCGACGAGGCCAGAACUUGCCACUUGCAGCAAAGAUGCUGACCAUAGCCUCUUUUUGGAGAAGCGAGGCGACAUCCCUGCGAUGGCUGAUGCAGCUGACUUUGCAUGACAGCUGUGGAAGGAAGACUUCACCACAAUUUCUUAGAAUAAUAAAGCCACUUCCUCACUGAGAUGCCAGUACCAGCGGAGGGCACUUCAGCAGUCCUCAUAAGAAAUGCUGGUUUCAUUCAAACGCAGUUGGCCAACUCUGAGCAGCUGUUGAUACAGCCCAGGAUCAAUUUCUCUGAAGGGUGGACCCAGGAGACUGGCAUUUUCCUCACUGUAGGUAAGCUGAUUUUCCAUCUCACCUCCAUCUAUUCUAGGAUUCAUGUGAUGAUGGGCUGGCCUGAUCCUGAUCCUGGUGGCCUCACAGGAGCUAGAGAUUUGGGGUUGGUGUCCUAAAGGGAAAGAAAAGGGUCCCCAACCUGUGGCCCAUGGGCCAGAAGCGGCCCAUAGCAGCCGUUUAACCGGCCCCUGAGCUGUUCCCGAACUGAGCCGCCCACUUGACGAGUCCCUGCGCGCUGCACUAAACCAGUGGAAGGGACUCUCUUCCGCGGCUCCGGAAAUUGCUUACAUAGAGACCUACACUGGCUCCCAGUACAUUUCCGAGCACAAUUCAAAGUGUUGGUGCUGACCUUUAAAGCCCUAAACGGCCUCGGUCCUGUAUACCUGAAGGAGCGUCUCCACUCCCAUCGUUCAGCCCGGACACUGAGGUCCAGCUCCAAGGGCCUUCUGGCGGUUCCCUCGCUGCGAGAAGCCAAGUUACAGGGAACCAGGCAGAGGGCCUUCUCGGUGGUGGCGCCCGCCCUGUGGAAUGCCCUCCCACCAGAUGUCAAAGAGAAAAUUAAUUACCAAACUUCUAGAAGACAUCUGAAGGCAGCCCUGUUUAGGGAAGCUUUUAAAGUUUAAUAGGUUAUUGUAUUUUACUGUUUUGUUGGAAGCUGCCCAGAGUGGCUAGGGAAACCCAGCUAGAUGGGCAGGGUAUGAAUAAUAAAUUAUUAUUAUUAUUAUUAUUAUUAUUAUUAUUAUUACAUACCCAGACGCUGGAAAUCGCUUCUGCACAGACAUGAUUUUCGGCGUCUGGGCAUGCACAGAAGCGAUUUCCGGUGCCGCGGACAUAAGCAGACACAAUUUCCAGCUUCGCGGUUCACCGGCCCAACCCAUGGAGUAUCUCCGUGGGAGUGAUCCGGCCCAUGCCCGGUAUGCCUUGCUGACCCCUGCUAUAGAAAAUGGUAACAUUGGGCAUUUGUUGGUGUCCCAAUAUGCCCCCCCCGGUAUUUCAGCAUUCCAACUUUGCAUUCCCACUUUGCCUGAAGCACCUAAGACGUUUAGACAAAGCAGGAAAUGAUUUUCCAUUUCCAUCCCCUGCCUCUCAGGGGUUCAAGGGAUCUCACUGAGAACAGCAUGGCCAACAGCCCUUCAAAUCUCAGGCCAAGGCUGCCACUAUCAGAAGAGAGGAUAGCUUGGGGCAAGACAUGUGCUUUGUAUAUGAGUUCAAUCCUUUGGCAUUUAUGGCAGAAAUCUCAGAGAGCAGUGCUAGGAAAGUCCAUUUCCUUGGGGAUGUUGAAGAACUGUUUUUUAUUUUAUUUUAUUUUUAUUUUUAUUCCCCCCCCAUUCUUUAUGAUCACACUUUCAUCUAGGGAUGUCGAAUAACUUACAAAAAAAACACACAUUCAGUCGAAAAUCUAACAAUGACAUGCAUCAAAAAGUAUAUACUGUUAUGUAUAACUAAACCACAGAGCCUAGGACUUGCUGAUCAGAAGGUCGGCGGUUCAAAUCCCCACAACGGGGUGAGCUCCCGUUGCUCGGUCCCUGCUCCUGCCAACCUAGCAGUUCGAAAGCACGUCAAAGUGCAAGUAGAUAAAUAGGUACCACUCCGGUGGGAAGGUAAACGGCGUUUCCGUGUGCUGCGCUGGUUUGCCAGACACGGCUUGGUCAUGCUGGCCACAUGACACGGAAGCUGUACGCCGGCUCCCUCGGCCAGUAAAGCGAGAUGAGCGCUGCAACCCCAGAGUCGGUCACGACUGGACCUAAUGGUCAGGGGUCCCUUUACCUUUAUAACUAAUAGGAGGAGGAUUUUGAAGAACUGUUUUGACCCGCAGAAGACGAUGCUAGGUCACAUGGUCCAAAGGUCCUAGCCCAGUGUGCAAAGCAUCUUAGUAGGCAAUGCUAUCACUUCUAGAUCCAACCCUCUCAUUCCUGGUCCCUUUGGCAUUGACUGAUGGACCCAUCCAAGGACUCUCUACUGUCAAAUUUCACAGAAUCAUGGAAUUGUUGAGCUGGAAGGGUCAUCUAGAGCAGGUAACAGAGCUUAAAAAAACCCCUUACCUCUGUUUAAAAACCUCCAAGGAGGAAGAAAUCUCCAAAGUCCAUUCCACUGUCGAUUAGUUCUUACCCUCCGAAAGUUCUUCCCAAUGUUUCAUUGGAAUCGUCUUUCUUGAAUCUAUCGGUUCAGGUCCUUGCCUCUGGAGUAGCACAAAAACAAGCUUGCUUCAUCUUCCAUGUGACAGCCCUUUAGAUAUUUGAAAAUAUUUCUUUUUUAUAUUCUUGGUUGAAGUUAUUUCUCAGCACUUUGGCUGAGAAGAAGAGUGGUUUUCUUUUUCUCUUUUUUGGGGGGGACGAGGGGGACGGGAAUAUGUAACCGGAUCCCUUCACUUAAGUCAGAUGGCUUGUGAUCCAAAAUCACCACAACUGCAGCUUACCCCUUUAAAUAAUGCUUUGCACUCCUAAAUUAGUUCUUCAUCUCUCCCACAUAACCGUUUCCCCUUACGAAAAGGUCCUUCAAAUAUCAAAAGCUUCCAUGAGCUUGAACUGAAUGUUUGCCCAAUUAGAUAUUUUGAUUUAAAAGUAGUGUGGAUGAAAAUGUCUGUUUUGGUAUCUCUCAGUGUCUUAUUUCUCCCAUAUUAAGUUCUCAUUUCUCCUGUAUUAAGUUUAGUCUUAAUAAUUUCUCCCGUAUUAAGUUUGUCUGCACAAAAAUGUGUACGAAUAUUCAUGAACAUUUCUACUAAUAUUUUUAAUGCAAUUUGCUUAAUAUUGCAAGCAAUUUUUUCUUAAUACGAUUCUUACAAAAAAAAAUAAAGAUGCUCAGAUAAAUACUUCCAUAUUGUCUCAAAGUUUUUUUUGGAGGCACAGGGCGGGAGUGUAAUGAAAAACUGAAAAUAAAUUGAGAUGUGAAUGUUAGAAAUUAUGUUAAUAUAAGCCAAUACGAAAGACGUGCAUAUGAAAAAUGGGAAGUUGGUGGAAAGAAAGAGGUGUGUGGGAACAGAUUUAAAUUCCGUACACUUUUUUUUGUUUUUGUUUAGAGAACUGCAUUGCAAAAUUUGGAGAAGCGUAUGGCUGCCUUUCGGUUUGCGAGUUGGUUUGGGAAGUUUGAAUUAGGUCACUUUGUGUUAGGAUGCAAAUUUCUGAACAAAUUUCUGCUCCAUCCCUAGUGUCGCAAGGGAGGACUAUUUCCUAAAACUCACUACAGUUAUGUACAAAUUCACUUUCUUCGUUAAAAAUGAAAGAAAAAGAAGUUUUGUUGACUGCCCCUUAGUUUCUGGUCUGCUGCCGCCCCAUUUUAUCUGGAAUGUCUUUCUCUUGUUGAGAAGUCUUUGAGAACUUUGUAUCGGAAGUUCCUGGCCAUUGAGAAGCCACUUGUAGGGAUGGUAAGUGGGGCAUUCCCAAGGCCUCCCAACCCCCCGCUGUGGGUCAUCAGCAUAUUAAAGGUAAAGGUAAAGGGACCCCUGACCAUUAGCUCCAGUCGUGGCCGACUCUGGGAUUGCGGCGCUCAUCUCGCUUUAUUGGCCGAGGGAGCCGGCGUACAGCUUCCGGGUCAUGUGGCCAGCAUGACUAAGCCGCUUCUGGCGAACCAGAGCAGUGCACGGAAAUGCCGUUUACCUUCCUGCUGGAGCAGUACCUAUUUAUCUACUUGCACUUCGAUGGCAGGAGCAGGGACCGAGCAACAGGAGCUCACCCCGUCGUGGGGAUUUGAACCACCGACCUUCUGAUUGGCAAGCCCUAGGCUCUGUGGUUUAACCCACAGCGCCACCCAUGUCCCAUCAGCAUAUUACUUACAAAAUAAUAAUAAUAAUAAUAAUAAUAAUAAUAAUAAUAAAUUAUUUAUACCCCUCCCAUCUGGCUGAGUUUCCCCAGCCACUCUGGGCGGCUCACAAUCGAGUGUUAAAAACAAUACAGCAUUAAAUAUUAAAAACUUCCCUAAACAUACUCCAAAACUCUGGAUAACCCCAUUCAGUCGUUUCAUGUAGAUGUUAGGCUUAGGGAUUUGACAGGGAAUAAAAUCAAACCCUGAAGUCUCCAUUGAGUGGAAUAACACUCCCCAAGCGUCACCCUCUGGAAACAACCACCCAAGUAGGACCAGAAUCGCUGCAAAGUGGUGCGGUGCUACCCACCCUUACAGUACCGGAUUUACAUAUAAGCUAAACAAGCUAUCAUUUAGGGCCCCACUUUCUUGGGGGCCCCAAAAAAGUUUAAAGAAAAAACAAACCUGGAUGUACAUUUCCAAAAUAUAAGUUAAAAAAUAAAUAAAAUAAAACCUACAUGCAGCAACAGUGUUUUGUGUUGUGUAGGCUCCUAUGAUGUAAGUAAUGGGCCCCAUCUGCUAGCCUGCUCCCAAAAAUAUCACUGGUUUGCCCAUUUCUAUAUAUAGGGUGCCUAAAUUCUGCAUGGAUGGGUUGCGUGGCAACAUGUGCAAAUGGCUUUAGAUACCUAUUAGGUCCAUAAAUUACCAUAUAGCAUAUAUUCAACACACAAAAACCAGCAACCAUUUGUUGUUGACAAAGGACAGCUGGACAUAUAAAGGGCCCCAUUACGUUCAGUAGCUUAGGGUCUCAUCAAACCUAAAUCCGGCCCUGCACCCUUAACUCGGACAGCCACUCCAGAAGGAUCACAUGGCUGAUGGUAUCGAAAGCCGCUGAGAGGUCAAGGAGAAUUAACAAGGUCACAUUUCUCCUCUGUCUUCCAACAGAGGGCACAGUAGACCUUGCAAAGCUGAUUAGCAAUACUGUCUUCAAGGGCAGCCCCAUGUAAAUUGGAUUACAGUAAUCUAGUUAGAAGGCUACUAGGCUAUGGCAAGGCUGUCUCAGUCCAGGCUACAAAUUUGCUCCUUCGAGGAGAGUGUGACGCAUUAUGGAACAGGCUGUUUAGCUAAUUCCCAGACAGGUUAACCACCUGCCCACAACAUCUCUUUCUUUUUAUCAGGAUUUAUUCUGAAAGAUUUCCUUCAAAGUCCCCCUCUAAAGACAGCGAAACUGAGGCGAGGUUUGGCGUGACUUACUGAAAUCCCCCUGCUAUUUCCUGGUGAAAGUCCAAUUUCUGUAAGGUCAGGACUUUUUUUCUUUUGUGCAAUACAAAAGACUCCUCACAUUUCAGUGUGAAGGGAUGGAAAGGUUAAGAAAGAAAGAAGGAAGCAAAAAAAAAAAAAAAAUUGCUUGUGGGGAUUUUCUUUUGCAGAAGUGAAAACAAUGUAUUUGCAAUGGUUAGACCAGGAAAGCAAAAGAAAUGGAGGGGGGGAAAUGAAGGAAGUGUAGAGAUUUGUGGAAGGUUGGCAGCCUCGAUGAUUUCAAUUCUCUCCUUGUUUUCGUAGUUAAAAGGACAUCUGUUCAUAGUUCCCUCUUGCAGAUUUCUCAGGGAGCGUUUUCAUCAGGGCUCUGGUAUUGAGGAAACGAGAGUUUCCUCAUUUAACAUCAACAUGUUGUGUUCGGAUUUCAUCCCUGUGACUCUGGAGGAUUUAGACACACAUGGAGGAAGAACGUGUUGGAAGGAGCCUGGUUUUCAACCAGCUGUGCGUUUUUAACGGCUUUUGUGGGGGUCAAGGCUUGCGCAAAAGAGUAAGCCCAUUUUGUCAAGAGAGCUGGAGACGGUUUGAAAGAGGGAUUGCCACUUGCGGUGUGAAUACUCUUCCUGCUUUUGAUACUCUGGUAAACAGGUCUGCCUGACUUUUAAAGUGUUUCCGAAGCCUCGAUGGAAGGAGACAGUGGGAUGAAAGAAAUGUAUUUUCGCGUGCGCCCAGUUGCCAAGUGUCGCGCAACUCCAGGGUUUCCUAGAGAUUAGUGUCUAUUGGAAUGAAGGUCACUGGUUUGAUUGAUAUUAUUUUAUUGCAUUUUUCUGCUGCUUUUCGUUCAAAUGAAUCUCAAGGCGGCUUACAAACAAUAAACAACAUCAACAUCAGAAAUGCAGCAUAAAUCGUGCGGAAUAGUUAACAAGUCAUUGAUAAAGCAGUUGCAAUCUAUAAAACCCUGUUAACCAAACAGCAGCUGGAAAAUAAUCUGAAUAUCACAAUGACAGCAAAAGUCACAUCGUCAGAACAUAGAACCAUAGAAUUGUAGAGUUCGACUCAUCUAGUCCAAUGCAGGAAUCUCAGCUAAAGCAUCCAGAGCAGGUGGCCACCCAACCUCUGCUUAAAAACCUCCGAAAAAGGAGUCUGCAACCUCCCAUGGGAGACUAUUCUACUGUUAAACAGCUUUUACUGUCAGAAAGUUAUUCCUGAUGUUUAGUCGUAAUCUCCUUUCUUGCAACUUGAAGCCAUUGUUUGAGUCCUACCCUCCAGAGCAGGAGAAAAUAAGCUUUAUUAUUUUUUGCAUAUAUAUACAACCUGAACAUAAGAGUACAGCAUUCACACAGCAAGAGCUCUUAUCUCCCCAUUAAUUUUCCAGGGGAGCCCCAAGCCAUAGCUUUGGGUCUAGCACACAGCAAGACAUGCCUCUGUCUCCCCAGCAUCCAGAAUCAGCCAAAACUCUCUCAUAAACACGCAGAACUCCUUUCUGGCUCCUUUCUUAGGAUGACUUGGCAUCCCGCCAGGUGAGGCGGGAAAAGGCCCACCCAUUUGUCUCUAUGGCAACAGAGCAGCCUCUUUGGAUAUAGUAAAUGGCAGAACUUAACUGGCCAGCCAAAGCCAUUACCUUAACAAAGGAACUGGUAUGACUGGUUUGGCAGCCUCUUCUGCUGGAUUCGAAACAUUUCUGGAUUGGCUUGGAAAGGACCCAGGCAUCAUCCAGCCUGACCCACAACCCUAUAAGGUAAAGGUAAAGGGACCCCUGACCAUUAGGUCCAGUCGUGGCCGACUCUGGGGUUGCGGCGCUCAUCUCGCUUUAUUGGCCGAGGGAGCCGGCGUACAGCUUCCGGGUCAUGUGGCCAGCAUGACUAAGCCGCUUCUGGCAAACCAGAGCAGCGCACGGAAACGCCGUUUACCUUCCCGCUGGAGUGGUACCUAUUUAUCUACUUGCACUUUGACAUGCUUUAGAACUGCUAGGUUAGCAGGGACUGAGCAAUGGGAGCUCACCCCGUCACGGGGAUUCGAACCGCCAACCUUCUGAUCGGCAAGUCCUAGGCUCUGUGGUUUAACCCCAGCACCACCCGCGUCCUAUAGGAAGUGAUGCCUCCUCUCAAACCACUUUCAAGCGGGGUAGGACCAUAGCUGGGGGCAGAGCAGCUGUGCAAUGGUCUGCAAGGAUGCCCACCACUGCAAAGGGGUGAUGGGCCAAGGAAAGUGAUGGGUCAACUUCUUGGAAGGCAAGAAGAGUGGACAUUCAGCACCAUGGAUAGCACUCUUGCAGUUGAGGUCAGGCAUACAAGUUGCCUCAGCAAGACCUGGGUUUUAUAGCAGGGCUAAGUAUGGAGGCCUCACCACUUAAAAAAAUCCCCCUGGCAAGUUAAAGAACUGGUGUUUUCUUUCACAGCCACUGGUUCCCUUGAAGUAAUGGUAAUGGUGUUUUCAGCUGUGGAAAUCUCUUCCUGGGACUUUCUUGGUCUCCCAAGAGUCUGGUAGCAGAGGUGUCUCAUUGGGGCUGAAGGGAAGGAAGCGGGCUUCUGGAGCCCCCAGACCUAUAUGCGGCAAAUUAGGAAGUGGACUCAUCUCUUCCUCCUCUAAAGAGGAAUUGCUGGAGAACUCUGCCUCCAGAGUCCUGAUCUGGGGCCAUGACAACCUGCUUUAUGUGCUGAAGGUUCCAGUUUCAAAUCCUGGCAUCUCCCAUUAAAGAGGACCCAGAAGCAGGUCAUGGGAAAGGCCUCUCUGUGCCUGAGACCCUGGACACCCGCUGCCAGUCAGUGCAGGUAAUACUGGCCAAAAUAGGGCAAUGGUCAGAGUUGGUAGAAGGCAGCUUGAUUGUAGCUUUCUUUAAAAAUGAACGGCUUCAGCCUCAAAGAGUCUGAUCCUUAACUCUCUAUGUAGCAACGUCAAACAUCCUAAGGGAUGGCAGGCUUUCAGUAUGGAACACCUGGCUGGUCAGAAUAAUGGGCAUGUUAGGAACACAAUAUUCAGGAAGUCAGUGACUAGCACUUGCUGUGGGAGACUUAAGAUGAUGGAACAGAAGAACAUUAGUCUUGAACUGGUUCUGGGAGCUGCCCUCACCCUGGCUCUGGGCAUCAUCAGCCAUUGUGGAUGCCAGGCUGAUGCUAAUGGGCAGUCCCUAUACAGCACAGAAAUCGGGGGAGAUGGAAACCACAGUGAGAUGGAAACCAGAGAGUGGCACUCAUGUUAUUUGAUGGUUUCCCUUCUUGGAAGGUGAUGCUGGCUGGUCUAUAAAACAGAGGUCAGGUCUACCCCAUCUGUAAAUUUAAAGGCUUUUUGGUGCAAGAGUGCAUCAUUGGUCAUCAGUGUGGAGCAAGAGAAGUGAUCAGGGCUGGCUGGGUCUAUUCUCUAAAGGUCAAUAUGUCCAAACCAGCUGUGGAGACUGUUGCAGCUGUUUGUUAACUGGGGUCCGUUUGCUGCUCCAAGGAAAUGCUUUUGGCUCCGUAACUGUCCCAGGAUGGAUCCAGGGUCCAGCUUCUCCACAUGCCAAGCCUUUUGCAGGCUAGGCAAAGGGGGGGGGAGGGGACACAAGAUUUUUGGGAUGAAGAACAUCUGUGACUUUUUGUGUGUCCUCCUUCUCCUCUCGGCCACCUACUCAAAAUGUGUGCUGCAUUUGUACUGAGCAGGCAGUUAACAGAAAGAUCAUGGCAGAAAAGGCCCUUUUCUUCCAAUGGCAGAUAGUAGUCCCAAAAACUCUGCAUCAACGUGCCCCAAAUUCUGCAGCCAAGUUGACUCUAGGUAAAGGUAAAGGGAACUCUGACUGUUAGGUCCAGUCACGGACAACUCUGGGGUUGCGGCGCUCAUCUUGCUUUAUUGGCCGAGGGAGCCGGCUUACAGCUUCCGGGUCAUAUGGCCAGCAUGACUAAGCCGCUUCUGGCGAACCAGGGCAGCACAUGGAAACGCCAUUUACCUUCCCGCCGGAGUGGUACCUAUUUAUCUACUUGCACUUUGACGUGCUUCCGAACUGCUAGGUUGGCAGGAGCAGGAACAGAGCAACAGGAGCUCACCCCAUUGCAGGGAUUCGAACUGCCGACCUUCUGAUUGGCAAGCCCUAGGCUCUGUGGUUUAACCCACAGCGCCACCUGCGUCAAGUUGACUCUAGAAAUAGUUAAUUCACAAGGACAUCAACUCUUCAUUAGUAGUUGUUGGGAGGUUUUUUUGGGGGGAAGGGGAUUCCCAGUGCUGAACCUGAGACACCUGUUCAUCCUGUAUUUAGACUGCAGGAAAAACUCUGGUCCUCCUAAUCUUGCUGGAACCCAUCAGCCCCAGGCAGCAUAGCCAAUGGUGAGGGAUGAAGGGAGCUGUAAGGCUUCUUCUUCUUCUUCUUCUUCUUCUUCUUCUUCUUCUUCUUCUUCUGCGAUCACUUGUAGUAAGAUUGUCUUCCAUCAACACAGUUUUAACAGUGAGUCCGUAAGUGACUUUGGAGGCCAAUUCUGGAUCCACAUGUCCUUCCACAGUGGGGACAUAUGUUUCCAGGAGGGAGUUGAUCACGGUGUGGAUUUGCCAAGCGUGCCUUCCUCUUAGCACAUUUCUCCCUUGCGUUCUGAGUUUGAGCAUCUUCAAAGCCCAUUAUACCUUUGGUAAAGGCUGUUCUCCGACUGGAGCGCUCGCAGGCCAGUGUUCCCCAGUUGUCGGUGUUUAUCCUACAUUUUUAAAGAUUUGCCUCGGGAGAGUCUUUAAACCUCUUUUGUUGACCACCAGCAUUACGCUUUCCGUUUUUAAGUUCGGAAUAGAGCAGUUGCUUUGGAAGACGAUGAUCAGGCACGCACACAACAGUCCAACGAAACUGAUGCUGAAAAAUCAUUGCUUCGAUGCUGGUGAUCUUUGCUUCUUCCAGUACACUGGCAUUAGUUUGCCUGUCUUCCCAAGUGAUGUGUAAUUUUAUUUUGUUUUUAACAUCUGGAGGUCCACAAGUUCCUCAGUCCUGGCUUAGAUCAUCAUGGAACCAGAACAGUUUGUCCCGACAUCCACAGAGAAAGCUGAACAAGGGUGGACACCCCCACAUGAAAGGACAACCAGAACCAGAUCAUCUGUGAAAAUGAACUCAGCGUGUUCUCCAAUUCCAGCACAAGACUUAUUUCCUGAGCAGUGGGCAAUAUAAGAAUCAUCAGGGAUUUAUUUCCCCCCAUUGGAUGCAUUCUCAGCUUGAUUCUGCAGGAGAUGUCCUUAGCGAAGACUUUUUUUUGAACACUCACUGCAGACAGUGGAUAAGAGCAAAGAAGGAGCCCAGCCUGCUCCAGGGGUUUCUGACAUUCCCUUCAUCUUCUGUCAUUUUGCUAUAUUGGCUGCUAUUAAUUUUAGCAUUGCUUCCACUCCGCAGAUGGUAAAAGAGGCCAAUAAAAAAAAACCUGCUGGUUUCUGCAUAGAGUACAGUGCCAAAGAUCUGCCUUCGAUCUGCCACCUUCUAAAGGUCUGCCUUUAGCAACUGAAGCUCAGAGACAUGCAAUGGAGCAAACAGAUUCCCAUGCAUGGAAAGAGUGCAUCUCAAACACCAGACUUUGCACCACCACCACUGCCACCCAACAGCUCACAUUUCGCCUACAGAAGUCUGAGGGCUUAGCCACCCUUAACUUUUGCCCUGCUCUUUCCAGGCACAGGUCCUUACUCUAAAGCUCCAUGUUUGACUUUAAAGCUCCAUGUCUGCACCCCAGAGCUCUCCUUGCAAAAACCUGCUCUUUAAAGCUGAUGUGCAACAAAUGACAAUUUGGGUUUUCGGAGGAUUGCCAUUUGCUCCAGUUCAGCUUUAGAGAGUGGGUUUUCAUGGGGAAAGUGUGAACAGUGCAAGGAAAGCAUAAAGGUAGGUAAACGUGGAUAAGCCCCAAGAGGUGAUGUGAUAGACAUCUUCAAAUACAGUGGUACCUCGGGUUACAUGCGCUUCAGGUUACAUAGCUUCAGGUUACAGACUCCAUUAACCCAGAAAUAGUACUUUGGGUUAAGAACUUUGCUUCAGGACGAGAACAGAAAUUGUGCUCUGGCGGUACAUCAGCAGUGGGAGGCCCCAUUAGCUAAAGUGGUACUUCAGGUUAAGAACAGUUUCAGGUUAAGAACGGACCUCUGGAACGAAUUAAGUACUUAACCUGAGGUACCACUGUACAUGGUUCUACCCCUCCUCAUGAAAUCUCCACAACAACCCUCUGGGGUAGGUUAGGCAGAGAGGCUGUGACUGGACCAUGGUCACUCUGUGAGCUUCGUGCGCAAGUUGGAAUUUGAACCCAGGUCUCUCCCAGGUCGAGGUCUGAUGCUGUAACCACUACACCUCAAUAUAUUGGCUCAGUCUGUGCUCUAGACACAGCAUUCCCUGUCCCUUUCCAUUCCUCUGUUGCCCCAUCUUGGAUACACCUGUCAGCAUCAAGCCACCUUUGCCUCCUUCCGCGACCGCCCUCUGUCCCUGGAGAAGCAGCCUAACACAGACUUACAGAGGGAAGGCUUGGAGUUGAAUCUGUGUGCAACGCGACCCACACAUCAGGUGAAAAACAGAGCCUUUCCUGAUUGGAAAUCUCCAGAGAUAGGAGCAGCGGAGUGGGGGAAGGAGAUUUCUCUCUCCAUCUGUGUGCAUGCCAGUGUGCAAAGCCCUCUCUGGCAUUUAUCAAGGGAAGCAUGAAACAACGUUUUGUCACCCUCUAUCUUUCCAGCUGGCAAGUCGGGGCUUGGAAAGUGCUUGGUGGAUGCCGGCAGUUUACAAAUGUGUGGCACAGCUGCCUGGAGGAAACCACAGAAUCAUGGAAGGGACCUCAAGGCUCAUCUAGCCCAACCCGCCUGCAACACAGGGAUCUCAGCUAAAGCACCCCUGACAGAUGGCCAUCCAACUUCUGCUUAAAGGCCUCCAAGGAAGAAGAGCCCACCACCUUCUAAGGGAGCCCAUUCCCCUCUUGAACGGCUCUCGUUGCCAGAAAAGUUCUUCCGAAUGUUUAGUCAGACUCUCCUUUCUGGCUGUUUAAAUCCGUUGGUUUCGGGUCCUUCCCUCUAGAGCGGCAGAAGAAAAGCCUGAACUCUCCAUCAAGUGUUCUUCUGAGGUACAGAACAUACUGGAAUGAAAGAUGUUCCUUUCCAAGGGCGUGCCUGGUAUUGCUGAAUCAAAGGGAUGUGUGUAGGGAGCAAAAAUAUACACCUGCCUCCUCUCCUCUCCCUCUUUGUGGCUGGAAGGACAUAUCGUGAAGCUGAGGCUCCAAUACUUUGGCCACCUCAUGAGAAGAGAAGACUCCCUGGAAAAGACGCUGAUGUUGGGAAAGAUGGAGGGCACAAGGAGAAGGGGACGGCAGAGGACGAGAUGGUUGGGCAGUGUUCUCGAAGCUACCAGCAUGAGUUUGACCAAACUGCAGGAGGCAGUGGAAGACAGGAGUGCCUGGCGUACUCUGGUCCAGGGGGUCACAAAGAGUUGGACACGACUAAACGACUAAACAACAACAACAAGCCUCCUUUCCUCUCCCUCUUUGUGGCUGUUUUUGCCCUGAGGACUUUUUCUUUUUUCUUUUUAUUAACAAUUCCUACAAAACCACAUUUUCACAACAUAUCAUAUUCAUCUUUUCUCCCCUUUUCCCCCAUCCCCCCAUCCAACCCCCCCCCCCAAGACUUCCCUCAGCUCCUCUCUCUGAUUUCUCAGCACAUGUUGUUCUCGGCAUGUUAUAAACUUGUACAUUUCCUUACAUUAUCUAUCAUGUUAUCAACCAAUAAAUUUGUGUGUGUUUAUUCAAACCCUCCCAAGGAGUCCAGUUCAUUUUGUUGUCUUUUUAAAUAAUUUGUAAAAAGCUCCCAUUCUUCCUUCAAGUCACAGUUGUCCUUGUCUCGCAAUUUGUAUGUCAGUUUAGCCAGUUCUGCAUAAGUCAUCAAUUUCUCUUGCCACUGUUAUUUUGUUGGGAUUUCCUCAUUCUUCCAUCCUUGUGCUAUGCACUGAGGACUUUUUCGCAGACCCAACACAGAAUGAUGCAGGAACAGGAUGAGGUGGACUUACAAUUGAACACCUGCAAAAAUGAUCUCGGUCCUGUAUACCUGAAGGAGCAUCUCCACCCCCAUUGUUCAGCCCGGACACUGAGAUCCUGCGCCGAGGGCCUUCUGGGAGUUCCCUCAUUGCGAGAAGUGAGGUUACAGGGAACCAGACAGAGGGCCUUCUUGGUAGUGGCGCCCACCCUGUGGAACACCCUUCCUUCAGAUGUGAAGGAAAUAAGCAGCUAUCCUACCUUCAAAAGACAUCUGAAGGCAGCCCUGUUCAGGGAAGUUUUUAAUAUUUAACGCUGUACUGUUUUUAACACUUGAUUGGGAGCCGCCCAGAGUGGCUGGGGAAACUCAGCCAGAUGGGCGGGGUAUAAAUAAUAAAUUAUUAUUAUUAUUAUUAUUAUUAUUAUUAUUAUUAUCUGUCUGUACUGGGAGGCAGCAAACAGCAGCAGCCCCAGCUAAGAACCACUUUCAGCUGGACUCCAGCCUAGCCAUUACAAGGCAAGGCCACUUGGGAAAACCAGAGUGCUGAUCUCUCCAGUUCUUGUGCAGCAGCCAAGAGAUCGUGGUGGUAGGAGAAUCCACCUUCCCACGCUUUGCAGCCCAAAGAUUUCAUGGAGUCCACUUCUCUCUCUGAACAAACGCAGAGUGGCAGGCACCUCCCAUUAAAAUGUAUGAGCCGUCUGCAGGGAGUGCUGAGGUGGGCUGAUGAGAUCAGCAUCGAAAGCUUUUAAUUAACGGCCGGCUUGGAUAUUUAUUGAGGAGGAAAUUGCCACUCCCGGCCAGUUGCUUGCUACUGAGGGCUGCUAAAUCGGGACUGGGAAACGGUUGGAAAUCUCUUUCAUCUAUCCGGAAUCAUUCAGUUCAUUGCAUGUCCAAAAGUUCUAGUGAGAGAGGAAGGGAAACCUCUCUGUAUCCCCUUUCUCCAUGCCAGGCUUAAUUUGAUAAACUUAUUUCAUGUCACCUUUUAACAAGACUUGGGGAAUGACCAGCAACACUCCCAAAGUGAUUUUAGCGAGCAAAGCUGGGAUAGAAGGGUUCAGGAUAUCCUUAGGGUACCUUGGACCUAAGUUGUUCAGGGCUUCAUAAAUUAAUACAGUGGAACCUUGGUUCUCGAACGCCUUGGUACUCGAACAUUUUGGCUCCCAAAUGCCAAAAACCUGGAAGUAAGUGUUCCGGUCUUUGAACGUUUUUUGGAAGCCAAAUGUCCGAUGUGGCUGUCGGCUAUUGUUUCCAGGGCGCCUGCACCAAUCGGAAGACGCACCUUGGUUUUUGAAUGUUUCAGAAGUCGAAUGGACUUCCAGAACAGAUUACAUUUGAAAACCAAGGUACCACUGUACAAGGAACUCAAACCUAGCUCUGUAGUAGAUGGGCAGCCAGUACAGAGGCAUUAAGAAUGUCCUGUGCUAUUGAGUAGAUGUUCCCACCAGCAAUCUGGCACCUAUAUUCUACACCAGCUGGAACUUCCAAAUGGGUCCCAAGGGCAGCCCAACGUAGAAAGCACUGCAGUAAUCCAGCCUCAAGUUUACUAGCACAUGGGCUUUAAUAUUUUGUUGGGAGCCACCCAGAGUGGUUGGGGCAACCCAGUCAGAUGGGUGGCUAAUAAUAAUAAUAAUAAUAAUAAUAAUAAUAAUAAUAAUGUUGCCAUGUCAUUACAGUGAAGUCUCAUCUUGACCUCAGAACCCUGGAUUCUGGUCCUGUUUUUCUUUUCUUCCCCCUCUGUUCCAGAUAUCUUUUGAGCAGAGCCAGCGAUGCUAAGUUCACAAAAGCCUCCCCCACUCCCAAACUCUGCACACAUCCUUAUCUCCAUUCUGGAAAGUAAUGACUUUGGAAAACAAACAGAGAAGUCUGUAUUGUAUCUUGAAAGAUAAACAGACUCUAGGGCUUAGAGAGCUGUGACAGAUUGCUGGUACCAAAUGGGAAAUUGGGAUGGAAGGAAGAAUGGGAGAAACAUACUGGUCCAUGGUUGGGGUCAGAUAGAGGAUCUGGGGCAGUGGGUCCUUGCCAUUUUGGUUGCUCUGUCUGUAGAGAGAUAGAAUGAGCAGUCCUCUGAAUUAUGCGCUUCUCAAGUGGUGACUCAUAUAUUCAGAUGCUCCUCAUGAGAUUUAUUUUUUAAAACACGCACACACACCAACCAUCUCACUUCAGUAUAUAAAGUAGCAAGUCAGGGAGAGGGACGCAUGAAACCUUUCUCCCUGCUGUGCUAGAUUUCUCCAUGCAGGGAACAUUAAAAAUGUGCCCUCUCCAGUUUUAACCUAAAGCUGAGCGGUCCAGAAUUCUGCGGUUUGGUCUACCAUUUUGUUUUGCAUCAAGGGUAGAUUGGCUCUGAAUUUUAAGCCAUUGUGGUGGUGAAAACAUUGCAGUCAAUCAGAAGGCCUUUGAUCAAGAGACUUGUGCUAGGCUUGAUAUGAAAACCCUCAAAUUCAGUGAGCAUUAUUUUGCCUCAGAAUUUGGUGAUAGCAAAUCUGGAUUAGUCUUAAGCAUCUCUUUGACCGCUCACCAAGCAUGAUUUUAGGUUUCCGUCUAUGAAACAGGUUAUAUUUUUGGCAGUCUUCUCAGCCAUCUGAAUGCCAGAUCCUUCCAAAUAUUGUUGUGAGUGGGUGGGUGGGGGUCUGUUUGGAUGAUGCCCUGAGUCCCUCCCGAUUCUUGGGAUCCUGUAUCUGUGGAGGUAGAAGGUAUAUCCUGAAGACACCACAGUCUCCGUGGACCUUCAUCCCAAGGAAACUGAACCCUGAGUAAGUGCAGGAAGCCUUGGGAGUCUCUUGCCACUCAGAGGUUGGACUGACAGGCAACAAUAUCUUUUCGGAAUGAGAAUGGAGUCCUUGAUGGAGGCAGGGAGGGACAAGUAUAGCAUGCCAGGUGGAAAAUGAGCAGUAGGAUGGCUUGAUGGGAGGAAGUUAACAGAAAUGGACGUCUUCUGCUGUCUAUUUGGGGAACAUCACAUGAGGCCGUUGCAAUCACGUUGGCCUCCUGCUUCUACCACAUCUCGUGCAAUUUUAUUUUGCUGUUUUGUCGCUCGAGACAUGAUUGUGUCUUUCCCACUCCCAGGAAGGACUGGUGCUCACAUGUCAUCUACAGUCAUACCUCGGGUUGAAGUUGUUGAGCGCCUUUGGGUUGCGCUCCGCAGCGACCCGGAAGUAACAGAAUGCAUUACUUCCGGGUUUCGCUGCUCGCGCAUGUGCAGACGGUCAAAAUGAUGUCACGCGCAUGCGCGGAAGCAGCAAAUCACGACCCACAGAUGUGCAGUUGCGGGUUGCGUUCGCUUCAGGAUGUGAAUGGGGCUCCGGAAUGGAUCCCGUUCGCAUCCUGAGGUACCACUGUAUUUGAAGCUGAAGGAAAAUGGCUGUAGAGUCAUACCUCGGGUUACAGACGCUGCGUUUUUUCGGGUUGCGGACUGCCGAAACCAGGAAGUACCGGAACAGGUUACUUCUGGGUUUCAGCAUUCGCACAUGCGCAGAGGUGCUAAAUCACGCUUUGCAGAUGCGCCACUGCGGGUUGCUAACGCUGCAGGUUGUGAACGUGGAUCCUGCACAGAUCACAUUCACAACCCGGAUGUCCACUGUAUUGUAGGUCUUUCUCAAGGCGUUGGGGUGAAAUGGAGAAUAGAAUCAACAGGUGUUUGCAGUCCAAAUGGACUGCAACUCAUAAGGACGUUAAGAAGACCCUGGUGGAUCAGGCCAAUUGCCCAUCUAGUCCAGGAUCCUGUUCUCACAGUGGCCCACCAGACGCCCUUUAUGGGAAACCCAUAAGCAGGAUUCGAUCUCAAGAGGACUCUCCCCUCCUGUGUUUUCCAGCAACUGGUAUUUUCAGAAGCAUUGCUGCCUCGGACUGGGUAGGCAGAGCGUAACCAAAUGUGGUUAUUAGCCACCUGUGCUGGGCCCGGGGGUAACACGAGAACCACGGUCCAGGUCUGGUCCAAAAUCCGACGGUUCCGCUAGGAGUCGGUCUGACAGGGUCAAGGCAGGAAACCAGGCAAGGACAGGGGCAGGAUCUGGCAUACAGCAAUGUUGCUCCCGCAACCUGGAGUGGGGUCCAACAGCCUUUUAUCUUUGCUGGGGUAACAGCUGGUCCUGAUCCCCUGGUGACUCACCUCCCUGUCUCGCCCGAAGGCAAGCACUCCUCCUGAGAGUACUCAGGUCUCUCCUUCUCUCAGACCUUAGUUUCUGCAGCUCGGGAGACGUGGGUGGGUUGCUAAACCCAGAGGCCACCUCAGCCUCCCCUGACCAAACUGGUAGUGGAGCAGCUGUAAGUGAUGGCCCAGCUGGAGGCAACGAGGUCAUCCCCGCAUCUGGAGCCAGGGCAGGCUCAGGCCCCUGACUCGGCCCAGCUGGUGUUUGUUGCAGGGGAACCUGUGCAGACUGGGACUCUUCAGGAUCAGCCCCAGACUUGGUUCAGAUGAUGCCUGAGGCAAAGGAUCCGGUGCAGACUGAGUCUCCUCUGGCUCCGAGUCCGAGCCCAAGCCUUAUCCUCCUCAAUUACCGGUAAUUUGUCCAAUCCUCUUUUAAAGCCAUCCAACUCUGUGGCCAUCACUGCUUCCUUGUGGAAGCAAGUUCCAUAGUUUAUGCACUGCAUAAAAAAAGUACUUUCUUUUCUCUGUCUUGAAUCUCCCAACGUUCAUUGGAUAUCCACAAAUUCUCCCUCGAGAGAGAGGAAGAAAAAGGGUUUCUUUUCCUAUCCGACCAGAAGCAGCCUGCAAAGUGAGAAAGUGCUUUGGGAUUGUUGUUGUUUCUUUUGAUAUACAAAAAUAGGGGUGGUUGGCUUUUGCUGCCCAGCUCCCCAAGGGACUGAGUUCCCUAAGUCCAUGAUUGGUUAGAGAUGAAUGGAUGGAGGCAGGAUGCAGUGAAAAAAAGGCAGAUCUUUAUUUUUCUGUUGCAACAGAGUUCCCUCGCCUCCUAGGAAGGAGGCAAGAGAGACCCAGAACCAAGAAGAAACAUCUCUUUUAAAGGGUUUGCAUUUUGGCGUGGAGGAGGAGGACAGCCUGGGCUGUCUUAAGCAUAUCCAGCGCCAUGGUGCAAAGACCCCCAUUUCCCAGAGUUGUCACCUUUUCCCAAGCCUCUGCAGGGAUCGCUCUCCUUCCACGGAGGCUUGGGAAGGAAGCUCUGCAUGCCCACCAGCCAUAUGGUUGACACGGCACAGCUGGCAGGUGUGCAGGGAAAGGGGAGGCUGCCGGCAAAGCUGCGCAGCUCCCCCACUCGCCGGGGCGCCCCUGAGAGGCCAGCGCCCUGGCGCAACACGCCAGUAAGCCCCAUAGGAAAGACGGCUCUGAGGACAUCCCCUCUACAAACAGUCAGAAAUUGCAUCACGCAUACUGUAAGGUGGGGUUACUGUGGCUCAGGCAGGCCAAGGGGUGAUAUUCCUGAGGAUUCCAGAUUCAUAGUUCCAGACACAGUUUGCACAAAAUGUUAGCAUUUGAUAAGACAAUCAGGAUGCCUGUCAGACAUUGCUCAGUGUGGAGCAUCUGGGCAAACAAUGACAAUUAAUCCAAAGGAGGUUGAUAGAUAUAGGAGAGGAAUCUCUUCAGGAACUUCCCCUGAUUGCUAUCUGCCUACGUUUUCUCGGGCAAGGGGGAUUAAGAAGGCAGAGGAAAUAUUGAGAGUCUUUAGAAGAGCCAAGAUGGCUUUGGGAUUGCUCUCCUGUACUGUUUUAGACAUGUGGUCUAUAUACUUAUGUAUGUGUGUUUACCUUGUGCAGUUAUCAACAUUUAUCCUACAGUGGAACCUUGGGUUGCGAACAUGAUCCGUGUGGGAUGCACAUUCGCAACCCGCAGUGGCAUGUCUGCACAUGCGCAGGUUGCAAUUUGGCACUUCUGUGCAUGUGCAAAGCGUGAUUAAGUGUUUCUGCGCAUGCGCGAGCACCGAAACCUGGAAGUAACCCGUUCCGGUACUUCCGGGUUCGGCACAGUGCGCAACCCGAAAACGCGUAACCUGAAGUGUCUGUAACCCAAGGUACCACUGUAUAUUUGAAUUCCUACAACGCUUUGUACUUUUUGCCACUUCUCUCUUUCCGUCCAUGUAAAGAUCUCAUCCCUUCUGGCUUUGGGCGUGGGGAAUUCAAACUUCAGGCCUACUUCAUCUUUCUAAGGAUGAGAUGUAGCCAGCAAAAUGGGCCCUGGCUGAUGCCAUAAUAAAUGUCUUUAAGCUGCUGCCAUAUCUUGAAAGGUUGUUGCCUUUGGAUAGAUAUUUGCCUUAAAAGACCUUUCAGUUUCUUCUGACUAAUGGAUUCCCCACCCCCACCCCAUAACCCCGUAAUUGAGCUAAAUUAUAGGCCUGCAGUCAAAUGCGACAUUUCCUGUUUAUUUGAAGCUCACCUAUGAAAGUUGGCCUUCUUUAGCUCCGCAGCUCAUAUAUAUGAGAGGCUAUAAAUAGAGAAGGCUAGCUGAGAGAACAGAAUGUUGGACUGGGUGGUUUUGAUCAUUUUGGUAGCCCUUUCCUGAACUUUCUCCAACUCUGCUUCACUCUUUCUGAGGUGAGGCAACCAGAGCUGUACACAGUGUUCCCAAGGCAGCCACACCAGAGAUCUGUAUAAUGUUAUGGAUUCUUCCACGAGGGCCAAAAGAAAUACAAAGGCUCAUUCAGUACGGAAGGUGAUGUAACUGCUGGAGACGUGCUAUCUCCAUGCUUUAAUGUCUAAGUAUGAAGCAUUUGACGGCAGAAAGUCUGAACGCAGCUGGCUGCGAAGAGGAAAGGGUGCAUCAAGCUCUGUCCAGGAAGGAACACAGCCAGCUCUGACUUUGGGAAAGGAACCACUCUGUUGGCUGCUGGGCUUUAUGAGCAGCAUCAGGAAUUCAGGCCAGCCAGUGGGAGUGUGAGACCUCCCGACAGAUGUUCUUUCCACAUCUGCUUGCGAUUGCCGUUAAUUACAUGUCCGGACUGCCUCGCAGCCAAACUCCAAUGACAAAGUUUAUUUGCGUGUUUAUUCCGGCUUGUUGCUUUCGGGUUCUGAUGUUGGUACCUUUCUGCUUCCACCCCAUCAGGGGCAUAGCACUGUCUGCCAGUGCCCGGGGUGUGGGGUGGCUCAGGCCGUGGCAGGGGUGGGGCAUGGAAGUUGAAGAGCAUCCUUCACGUUCCCCAGCCCUCGCCACUGAUGGGCGGGUGCACAUGGGCUGGAUCUCUGUGGAUGGCACCUGGUUUACGCCCCCUUAUAUGCGCCCAGGGCAAUGGCCCCCCUGGCACCCCCAACACAACGUCACUGCACCCCAUCCCUCCCCACUCCGGAAAGUGGCCGGAUUGCAGAUGCAGAAGGGACCAGUUGAGACAGGCUUGUGCUUUAACUAGUUAAGGAAAAGGUCCUCCAUCUAGCUUGGGAAGGAUGGGGGGAAGGCCAGCCCCACCAGAAAGCAGAGAGGGGCGUGAUGGAAGAACUGCAAAUUGUCAGUUGUUUAAUUUAUUAUUAGUGGAAUUUUACUCUCAGGUGCCAAGGUAAGUUGGCCAGCCUUGGAUAUAAUGAAGUUUGACUUUGGGAGGGAGAUGCCCGUGUGUUGAUGUGGUUAGAAUGCUGAACUAAGUAAAAGGUAAAGGUAAAGGACCCCAUGACACUUAAGUCCAGUCAAAGGCAACUACAGUGGUACCUCUGGUUAAGAAGUUAAUUUGUUCCGGAGGUCUGUUCUGAACCUGAAACUGUUCUUAACCUGAAGUACCACUUCAGCUAAUGGGGCCUCCCGCUGCUGCUGUGUCGCCACCACAUGAUUUCUGUUCUCAUCCUGAAGCAACGUUCUUAACCCGAGAGUCUGUAACCUGAAGCGUCUGUAACCCGAGGUACCACUAUAUGGGGUUGUGGCGCUCAUCUCUCUUUCAUGCCAAGGGAGCCGGUGUUUGUCCACAGACAGCUUUCUGAGCCAUGCAGCCAGCAUGACUAAAGUGCUUCUGGCGCAACGAAAAACCGUGAUGGAAACCAGAGUGCACAGAAACGUCAUUUACCUUCCCGCCGCAGCGGUACCUAUUUAUCUACUUGCACUAGUGUGCUUUCGAACUGCUAGGUUGGCAGGAGCUGGGGCAGAGCAACGGGAGCUCCCUCUGUUGUGGGGAUUCAAACCACCGACCUUCUGAUUGGCAAGCCCAAGAGUCUCAGUAGUUUAGACCACAGCGCCACCCACUGAACUAAGUAGGACCUGGGAGGGGGGGGCAGUGUCCAAAUCCCUGCUCAGCCAUGAAGUUCACUGGGUGACUUGGUCCAACAUUUCCCUGCUUGCAGGGAGUAGGCUAAGAUGGUCCUCAGGGUCCCUUCCAACCCCACAAUUCUAUGAUUCUAUGUGUGGGUGUUAAAGGAUAGCUGUAGUUCCCCUUCUCGUGUUGUUUAGGGAUGUGUGAAUUAGGUAUGCAUUAAAAUGCAACUCAACCCUACUACAAAUCAUGGGCGAUUACAAAUCAUGGGGUAGAUUAUUAAGAAGUAGGGGUGGAGGAGAAGGUCCAUUUGUGCAAUGGAUGCUUUCUGCCUUACAAUUCACACAAAAAUUUUUUCCCUUUCCAGUAGCACCUUAGAGAUCAAUUAAGUUUGUUCCUGGUAUGAGCUUUCGUGUGCAUGCACACUUCUUCAGAUACCAUAUCUGAUAUCUUCUGCAGAUAUCUGAAGAAGUGUGCAUGCACACGAAAGCUCAUACCAGGAACAAACUUAGUUGGUCUCUAAGGUGCCACUGGAAGGAAUUUUUUUCAUUUUGUUUCGACUACGGCAGACCAACACGGCUACCUACCUGUAAUUACAAUUCACAGGCAACCAAGUGCUUUGUCUUUUUCAUUGGCACUGAAAUGUCGGAGACAAGAAGGCCCCCUUUGGCACACAGACUGAAAAUGCUGCUUCAAUAGCCUGUUUUGUGCUGCUCCACUGUAAAACAAGAGGACUUUCCCUUACGAAAACCCUGUUGGAGUUAUUCCCUGGCCCUGUGACACGGGCAUUCUCGCUGCCUGCUUGUUUUCUCGCUGCUGCUAACAUGGUGGGCAGCAGCUGAGUCAGGAAGUUGGAGGCUUCUAAUUUGGGACACACUGUCUGGUGGUUUAGCAAAUGUGCUGAGGCAGCCUUGUGGGUGAGAGAAGGACUCUGCGAACUCUGACAAGGCAGAGGAACCACAGUCAGCCUGCCUGCGUGUGUGUAGGCGUGUGUGUGUGUGUGUGUGUGUGUGUGUGUGUGUGUGUCUUCUUGGGCUUUGCCCUGACAUUGCCUGCAACUGCAAAAUUGCGGGAUGGGGGAGGUGAUAGGACCAUAAACCAUGGCAACACCUUUGACUGGCUGUGCAAAAAGCAGACGACAGUAAGCCUAAGUUCCUGUGAAGCAGAACUCAAUGCUCUGUCAUUUUCACUCAUGGAUUGUGAAUGGUUGAUGCAACUGUUUCAGGACAUCAAGGUUUCUGUGAAAUGUCCUAUACAGGUGUAUCAAGACAAUAGAUCCUGUUUGGCUUUGCUGAACUCAGAAAGAUGCGAGCAAAGAACCAAAUACUUGCAGAUAAAGUUACAUCGUGCAAGAGAGUGUAUUCAGAAAGGAUUCAUUCAGGUGUCCUACAUGCCAGGAAACGAAAUUCCUGCAGAUCUGUUGUCUAAAGUUGUUACCAGAGAGCAACUUAAGGUUUAUGUACAGAGGUUGCAAUUGGGUUGAACCACAGGUACUACGGUUUACACAGAAAGGGGGAGGAUGUUAGGAUAUAGUUCCGUUCCACCUUAAAAGGAACAGGCAUGACUGUUGUGUGUCACAUGCCUGUUUACUUCCAGCACAGGCUUGCUGGGAACAUUCGUUUGUAUGUUGCUUUUGCUAUACUGCUGUUUUGCUGGACACGAAGGGAAGUAAACAUGUUUUUCCUUUGUUCCUGAACUAUGCUGAAUAAAUGCCUGUAAAUAAUGCCUACACAUGUCUCUGUCUGCCACUUCCGUUGUGAGGAUUUCUUCGCUCUGCUGAUAAGAGUGUGCACAGCUUCUGAACGUUUCGGAGGCUCGUGUCGCUGAUUGAUGCUGUUCUGGGAACCAGAGUUCGCCCAGCUGCCGGCCGGUGGCUGGAGCCAGCUGGGGGCCUGCCUGAUGCCCCCGUCUCCCCUGCAGCUUCCCAACACUUUCUUCACAGCUUCACUUCCAGACACCCUCUAAUGUAGGCAUGUUUUGGGAGUCUAAUCCAGCCUGCUGGUCAGUUAAAAACCUCAACAACUUCAACCCUAAAAAAAACAACGAUCAAUAACUUUGGGGUAAAAUCAUUAAAAAAAAGCUCAGUCCUUAAAAAAGCUCAACAGCCCUUUAGUUGGCCCUCACGGCCCUUCACUUCAUCAAAUCUGGCCCUCUUUGAAAAAAGUUUGGACACCACUGCUCUAAUGAGUCCAUUAAAAAGGACAGCUGCUCAGAAACACAGAAAAUUAUAGCGGGGCUUAUUUCUGAGUAAGCACAAAUAGGAUGGCACUGUAAAGCUGGCACCGGGGCCCUCAAACUCAGUAGGACUUAAUUAAGUGAGGGGUCAAUAACCCCCUGUGGCCCUGGAGAACUGCACCUCUGCAUCUGAAAAAAACUUCACUGGUCUCAGCCCAGAAUUCGGCCGGAGACAAAAGGAAAAGUGCUGUAAAUUAGAAUGCUUUAUCCUGACUCACUUUCCCAAAGUUAUAUAUAGAUCAAGAUUAAGGAUUAGGAUUAAAAAAAAAAAGUUAAAGGAAAUGGAAAUUUGGUUUUUAAGAGGUAAAAUUUAAUGUUAUUUUAUAUUAAGAUUAAAGAUUGGGAUUAAAAAAGAGGGAAAGAAAUUGCUGGACAAACAAUUUGAACUGGAAUACAAAAGAGGGAGGUAUGAGGAGGUCCAGAAAAUAAGUAAAUUUAAAAAUGGAGAUGAAAAGGUGGUAUUGUUUUUAAUUGUUUUCUUUUCUGUCUUUUUUUUGUUUUUUGUUUUUUUUUGAUUAUGUAUUGUGUAUUUUUGAAUUGUGUAUUUCUUUUUUUUGUUUUUAAUUUUUUAUUGGUGUGUUCUUUUUAUUGGAAACCUUAAUAAAUAUCAUUUAAAAAAAAAUAAAAAUAUCCUGACUCACUUUCCCAGCCACGCUGUUGGGUUUUGGGUCAGGCUGCACUACCACUUCAUACACGCAUCUCUAUUGUCUUCGACAUCAGUUCUGAAUAUUGCAAAUGAUGCUAUUAGUUAUCAUCAUCUGAAUUGUAAACCACUCCAGGGCAAAGGAAGAGCCACACUAAUCUCCUUACGUCCUUUAUCUAGAACACUCCCAACACUCCUCUGUGCAUUGCAAAGAGAAAUCUGCAGUGGUGAGAAAGGUGUCUUGACCGCCCUGAUUGAUUAUGGACUGAGCGUCUGUUUUGUAUUGUCCGAGGUUCAAUUCUCAGCAUCAACGGACACGACUCAUACAAACAUAGAAUUGUAUGCAGGAAGACUCAGAAAGGUUAUUGCCUGAAACUCGGGGGAGCUGUAAGCCAGUCAGUGUGGUCAGUGUUGUAUUAGACAGAACAGUGGUCUAACUCAGUAAAAGGUAGAUUCACAUGUUUAUAUAUUUCCAUGGGAAAACUCCAAAUACGCUUCCAAUGAACUCAAAGUUUCACAACCACUGAUAACAAGAGUGAGAGAGCUGAUUGUGUGCAGCUUGAAAAUUACAAUCUGGUGGAAGGAAUUCCAGUAAUGUAGGGCUUGGAAUCUUCAUUGGAUAUAUGCAGUCUUAUAUCUUCCCGUCUUAUACGCAGUAAAACCGGUAUACUCUUACUUCCUUUUGCAAAAUUAUUUUGAGGCAUAUAUUUUUAGGACCUGCUUUAUUUUUACGACUGCAGGUUGUUUUAAUUGGUUUUUAAUAUUGUGUUUUAAUUCUGUAACCCAACCUGGGAUCUUAGGGUGAAGAUCGGACAAUAAAUAAAUAGAAGGCUCCCAGUUCUGGCCUUUGAAAACAUCAAGCCAUUUCCUAAUUACUGGUGCUCUGUUGCCACCAUAAAAACACCAUUAUCUCUUGAUAGCUUGGCCAAAUAUGAGACGUGCUUGGAACAGCAAAACUUUAUUACUCAAGUAAAAGCUGAAUACAGCAGCUUCUUAUGUGAUUUGUUUCUAAUACCUGUGUUUGAAUACUUUGUAUUUUAACAUAUAAUUAAAAUGCUAUUCCUAAUGCAAACCCUAAUGCUAAUCCUAUCCCCUAAUCCUCAGGACCCACAACAGCCACCCUUUUCCUUCUCCUCCUAAAACCCCGCUCACUCUUUCCCCACAACCUGUUCCAGCUGUCGCACUCCACCCUUAGCCAAUCAACACAUGACGCUCCUCUUACAAAUAUCUCCCAUGAAGCAUUUCACCGUGUAUCUCUUGUCCUAUCUUGUCCUUUGCCUCGGGUAGCAAAAUGUCUUGAGCCGGCCCUUACUGCAACUCUCCCUCUCCUUUGUCAGUUAGCCUCUCUUGUCUACAGCUGCAGUCUUUAAACCUGUUCAAGCAUCAUGUUCACCUAUGCAGGCAACAUACAGGUGAUCAGGGCAAGCCAAACUUCGCCCUCCAACCUGUGCAGAGUGGUGGGCGUAGUGGCAUGGCUGUUAGACCUUAGAGAGCUCAUCCCCACUUGCAUAAAGGCACUACACACAAGUAGCAUGCUUGAAUAGGGCUCCUUCCUCUCCCCAAUCAUUCCAGGAGUCUACCGCCAGGGCCAAAUUUAGGGGGCUCCAGCUGUCUCUGCUCCUCUCUUUUGGAGUCUGCCCUGCAAGUUGCACAAAAUUAACUUUUUCACCAAUCUGUGUUCCAACAGGUCAUGGAUCUACCUGAUAAUUUUACGGACUACUAUGAUGAAGCAAGCCGCUACUACAAUGACGACUACUACGUCACCACUGAUGAAAGCCACUGGACGAAGGAAUCAGCCCAAGACUUUACAUUCAUCACUCGAAUCCUUGCUCUCCUAAUCUUCACAGUCACUUGCAUCCUGGGCCUCCUGGGCAACGGCUUGGUCAUUUCCGUCAUCACGCUCAAGAUGAAGAAGUCGGUCAACGCCAUCUGGUUCCUGAAUUUGGCGGUGGCCGACUUCCUCUUCAAUGUCUUCCUGCCCUUGAACAUUGCCUACACCGCCAUGGGCUACCACUGGGUCUUUGGCAAAGGGAUGUGUAAGGUCAACACCUUCCUUCUUGUUCUCAACAUGUACACCAGUGUGUUCUUGUUGACCAUGAUCAGCAUCGAUCGCUGCAUCUCGGUGGCUUUUCCAGUCUGGUCUCAAAACCACCGGAAUCCUAAGAUUGCUUGGUUGCUGUGUGCCCUCAUCUGGGUUCUUGGCUUUCUGUUGAGUUCUCCUGCCCUUGUUUUUCGGGACACAGCAGCACAUCAAGAUCGUGUCAUUUGUUUUAACAACUACUCUUUGUCCAGCCUUUCAGCUCACCACCAUCUAGAUGAAAAGAGGCAUAAGACAGUCACCAUUCUGCGAUUCCUGGCUGGUUUCAUAGUACCAAUGACUGUCAUCACAGUGUGUUACGUUAUCAUUAUUGUCCGUCUGAAAAGAAACCGCCUCGCCAAGUCCAAAAAGCCCUUGAGAAUCAUCAUUGCCAUUAUAAUGACUUUCUUCUUCUGUUGGUGCCCAUACCAUGUGCUCAACCUCAUGGAAACCCAACACCACUUUCUCAGCAAAGCCGUCCUUGAGAAUGGAAUACCAAUUGUCACAGCCAUUGCUGUUUCCAACAGUUGCAUGAACCCUGUUCUUUAUGUCUUCAUGGGCCAAGAUUUCAAAAAGUUUAAGGUGACUGUCCUGUCCAGGCUGGCCAAUGCGCUGAGUGAGGACACUGUCCAUUCAACUAUUGCCCGCAGGAGCUUCACAAAACCUUCUUCAAUGACUGAAAAGGAGACGAUUCUAGUCUGAGCUGCAGAAUAUACGCAUCUGUUGGUCUGCUCACAGAGGCAAGGAGGAGGUCGGAUAUUGCAGAGUGGGUUUUCCAACUACAAUCUGAUCUUCCCAGGGCUUCUAAAUUUUCGGUGGUUCCAAAAAAAGGAGUUAUGCAUCAUAUCAAUACAAUUCUGUCAUUCAUCCUCAUGAAAUAAAUUGCAAAGGCCAUCCCAUAAACAUUUGCCCAUAGUCACCCGUGCAAGCUUCAAGGCCAAGUCUUCAAAAUUAAACUUUCCUGCAUCAAUCUAUCCUUCAGUAAUGAAAAUACAGGAACUGUGGAAUAAACUCUGUUGUUCAUGCUCCCUUGAGCCAAACAUUGAAAGUGUAGGACAGAUUUUUAAUAGGCUGGAGCAGACAGAACACUGUAGGCUUAGUUUUUAAAAUAGCAAUAAUCUGAUUGCAACUAUGCAUGUUGCAGACGGCACAGAAGCAAUCAGGCAGUGCUGCUUCCAAAGCAGUAUUUGUAUCCUCAAAUUCGUUUAUUAUUUCAUUUAUUUAGACCCUGGGCGCGCUCCGUCGUCAUGUGGCUGUGCUAAGAAUUCCCCACCCCUCUCCCGAAUUCAUUUUAACCUUCUGCCAGACUUCUGCCAGGGGGCCCAAUUUUCCGCAUGAGGCCAUUUCCCCAGACCCGCCAGGCCAAACCACAGGCAGCUGACAGUCAGCUGGUGCCACUGGCAGAUGUCUGCUGAUGGGGAGGGUGGGAGUGGAGUUCAAUCCUGCUGGGUGCUGUUUCACCCAUCCAUGUACCGUGCAGAAUCCAGUGGCUAAGCAGACAUACCCCCCCCGACCCACCAUGGGUCCAUGGAUGUGACCCCCUCCCCCACCUAUAAAUCACCUGACACCAAAGCUGGCCCAUGGGGUGGGCUUAGAUAAAGGUCGGGCCCCUCCAAGCCAAAAUAGUCUGGUGCAUGAAAAUGGCUCAGAAAAUGAAACUCUGGUGCUAAAGUAAAGACCAUCUUUUGGGGGAGGGUCCACGAGGGUGUGUUUCUUCUGCCUCCAGGCCAAAGGUUUCUAAGACCUGCUUCAAACACAGCCAAAGAUUCAGGCUGAAUCUUCUGCCCCGUACCCAGUGUUGUAAACAAAAUUGCCCUUUUCCCUUAUGGGGUAUCCAAGAGCCCAUAUAGAGUCCUUACACGGGUUCCCUACUGGUAGGAGAAAAUAACAGAGGCCAACCAGAGAAUAUUGAGAAGCAAAGCAGCUAGUAAGCUUGAUCUUUAUUGAUCUGUUGCAACAGGGUGCUCCCCUCACACGCAGGAAAGGAGGAGGAACCCAGAACAAUGAUGUGCAAGGCCUUAUAUGGACUUUUGAAAUUGCCACCCUGUAGAUCAAGACCACCCCCAGAAACAUCAUACAUACAUCACAGAAGGGGUGUAACCUAAGGCCACCCCUCAGAUACAUCAUACCUACAUUACAGAAAAGGCAAUCUUAAACAGAAAUUUGAAUGUUGUUUUUCCUGUUUGCCAGGUUAUUUGAUUGCUUUUCCGGAUUGCCUUUCCUGAUAGCCUAUCACCCAUUAAAAUGCUGAUUACUCUAUUCCUGAGACAAUGGGAAGGCUCCCUAACCCCCCUCCUUGCAGGGAAAACAUUUGGUCAGUUUGGGAAUCAAAAUGGUUUCAGGUCAGUCUUCCUGUUCUGAUCUAUGUACGUGCUUGGUUGGUACACUUAUGAACAUUACCAUAUAUCUAAGAUCUCAAAAUCCCUAUCACACCAGAUAAUGUUUCAUUUUGCUCCUUUGAUAUGCCAAAGGGAGAGUCGUGGUUUUUUAAUGAUGGGUGAGAGGGUUUUAUGGUCAGAGCAGGGGCGGCUGAAUCUGGGGUCUCCAGGUGGGAGUUCUAGCGCAGCAGCAUGGGGGGGGCACAGGUCUUCACCGCUGUGCCAGGAGAACUGUUAUAGAUCAAUAAAAUGGGUUUUGUAGACAUGUGGAGCAACACAGCUCCAUCCUCUAAACAACAGAGCUGCGCACUGCCUACUUGUUUUCAAAGUUAUCUGACAAAGCAUGAGGGCUAGCUACUUGAGUUUCAAAAAAGAAAGGCAGGAUUCUCAGGCCCCAGCUGAUUCUACCACACGGACAACUGGUUCUUGGUGGUUUGAAUCUCCCACAUGAAUAGACCUACGUGAGAUGACCGUCCCUGAGUUCUCUAAUACAUGUUCAGGAAAUGUCACACACACACACACACACACACACACACCUCGCCCCCCCAGUGGAGGAUUUGAUUGAAGUGAAAGGAGUGUGAAGUCCCAUGGGUAUAAAUCAUGCUUCAGGGAUUUGUUGUUUCAUAGAGCCUGUCGAGCAACUUUCUAGCUCUUCUUGUUGUCUUUUCUGUUAAUAUUUCAUAGUCCAUUAAUAAAUCUUUUCUACAAAAGGUGGGCUGAGCCAUUCUGUCUAUCCAAUUUCACGUGCAGUUAAUCCGGGAGAUAAUUCACGAUUUCACCGACGGGGCUGUGGCAUCGAGCAAAAGCCAGCGGUCGGAUUAUAUGAAGAUCGAUUUGACCGGCGCACUUUCUCGCAAAGAAUUGUGGCGCAAAAGCACAUUGAAAAUGUGCUGCCCUGAGGUGACGGCUCUGCCACCUCCAUACAGGAGUCCCGAAACCUGGUGCGCAGUUUACUUAUGCGAUCGCAGCCUUGCAUGCUCCGUUGAAAAAUUUAGCGAAUCAAUAGAAAGAGGGCGAAAGAACUGCCAGAAGGGGUCACAUGAGAGAUCUCAAGAGAGCCUCCAGAGACCCGAGGGCUUAAAAAGCUCUUUCUGCACGUACAGCUGAAAACGCUGGCAGCAUUAAGAUAAAUUCGUCAGAGUAAAUAAUUUUUGAUGGAUGUAAAAGUGGGAAAUUGAUUUGAAGGGUUGUAGUAAAAUAUGCAGGCAUGUAUGAUACGUGAAAUGGAACCAUGGAAGGAGAAGGGAAGUCACUGGAUAUUUUAAAGUUUGUAAAAUGUUUAUUUGAAACUGUAAAACAGAAAAUUCGAUGAAAAUUAUUACCAAAAAUAAAUAAAAAGCUCUUUCUGCAAGGC